AGUGGGGUAGCGGCAGGGCCCGGGAGCACGACCGGCGGAACUCGGAUGGCGCCCAGCGGUCGCGGGCGGGAUCGCAGGGCGAAGCCGAGCCGGGCCGGGUCCUGGCAGGAAGGGGCGGGCCCGCCUGAGUCUCGGAUCUGGCUUGGCUCGAUCCCCCAAUCCCCGACUCCACUGGGGCCGCCCACUAGACAUCGCCCGAGUCCGCCUGGUGGUCAUGCCCCGGGACGCGCCGAGGUCCUCCGAGCCCGCAGGGGGCGCUGUGGCCAUGUGGACCACCCUGAGUCGGCGCGGGCAGGAAGUACGAGGGUCACUUCCGGCGGGGGCGCGGCUUGGGCUGAGAAGCGGACCCGGCCGGGCGCAGGGGCUGGACUGGCGGAGCAGGUGGGGUCCGCGGCCGCCGGAGCGUUCCGGUCGGCGUCUGGACAUCUCGGCCUCGGCAGAAAGCGCGACCGCCCUGCUGUGCGGGGCCCGCGGCGAUGCCGUUCCUGCACGGCUUCCGGAGGAUCAUCUUCGAGUACCAGCCGCUGGUGGAUGCGAUUCUGGGCUCCCUGGGGAUCCAGGACCCCGAACGGCAGGAGUCUCUGGACCGGCCCAGUUAUGUCGCCAGCGAGGAGAGCCGAAUCCUUGUUCUCACUGAGCUGCUGGAGAGGAAAGCCCACUCUCCCUUUUACCAGGAAGGCGUGAGCAACGCCCUGCUCAAGAUGGCUGAGCUGGGGCUGACGCGGGCGGCCGACGUUCUCUUGCGGCAUGGGGCCAAUCUCAACUUUGAAGACCCAGUCACCUACUACACGGCCUUGCACAUUGCCGUCCUGCGGAACCAGCCGGACGUGGUGGAGCUGCUGGUGCAUCACGGGGCUGACAUUAAUCGGAGGGACCGGAUCCACGAGAGUAGCCCCUUGGACCUGGCCAGCGAGGAGCCUGAGCGCCUGCCCUGCCUGCAGCGCCUCCUGGACCUUGGAGCUGACGUCAAUGCCGCUGACAAGCAUGGAAAAACUGCUCUGCUCCAUGCUCUGGCCAGCAGCGACGGGGUGCAGAUCCACAAUACUGAGAACAUCCGGCUCUUACUGGAAGGAGGGGCAGACGUCAAGGCCACCACCAAAGAUGGGGACACAGUGUUCACCUGCAUCAUCUUCCUGCUUGGUGAGACCGUGGGAGGGGACAAAGAGGAGGCCCAGAUGAUCAACCGCUUCUGCUUCCAAGUCACACGGCUGCUGCUGGCACACGGGGCCGACCCCAGCGAGUGCCCAGCCCACGAGUCCCUCACCCACAUCUGCCUCAAGAGCUUUAAACUGCACUUCCCUCUCCUGCGCUUCCUGCUGGAGUCCGGAGCCGCCUACAACUGCUCCCUGCACGGCGCGUCCUGCUGGUCUGGCUUUCACAUCAUCUUUGAGAGGCUCUGUUCCCACCCAGGCUGCACGGAAGACGAGAGCCAUACGGACCUCCUGCGCAAAGCCGAGACUGUCCUGGAUCUCAUGGUAACCAACUCUCAGAAACUCCAGCUACCCGAAAACUUCGAUAUCCACCCUGUGGGCAGCCUGGCGGAAAAGAUCCAGGCCCUCCACUUCUCCUUGAGGCAGCUGGAGAGCUAUCCCCCGCCCCUCAAGCACCUGUGCCGUGUGGCCAUCCGGCUCUACCUUCAGCCGUGGCCUGUGGAUGUGAAGGUCAAAGCCCUGCCUCUGCCCGACAGGCUGAAGUGGUACCUCCUUAGCGAGCACAGUGGCUCCAUGGAAGAUGACAUCUGACAGGUUUCAGGCUGUAGGAACGGGGGACAUGAGCAGCUCAGGUCAGCCUGUUGGUAGAGCCUGGGACAGCCUUAGAGGAGGGUCUUUUUGAUCUGGGAGAUGAGAUGGGAUCCUUCAUGAGAAAAGCCAGCCAGGUAGAGCCUGAAGCUGUGAUCACUCCAGUGGUGAAGGGUGCAGCUCUGGUUCUUCCAGAGAGACUGCCCCCUUCCCUCCAGCGGCACUCCAAGUACCCCCAUGCUGGAAAGAGGAACAGGGCUUGGAUUGAUGUUUAUACCCUCUGAAUUGGAGGGCAGUGCCAGGGCAUUUGCAGAAGCUGGGAAGGACCAAGCCUCAGCAUCCCCAGGGCUGCGGGGCUCUUGUUGGCCGCAUGUGGCAGUGCGGCUGGAGAGGAAGCCUGGGGCACAUCCUGUGUGGUGCCACCAAGGCCCCACCCCUGCCCCUUUUCCUUCCAGGUUCUGUUACUCACAGAAGUGUUUCUGGUGAGCUCUGCGGGAGAAGACACUAAGGGCCCCACAGGCUUGUUUCAUGGUGUUGCAAGCCAAGCUGGCCCCUGCCUGUUCCUGUAGCUCUGGGGCCAGGUCAGCCGUGGCCCCACCUACCAGAACUGUGCUCUGCUGGCAGCUGUGCUUUUGCCAAACCCAGGGCCUCAGUGACCAUGACUUCUGCUAAAAAGCAAUCAUGAGUGCGUGGCUGGGGACAGACCUCUCUGAAGUGUCUCCUAUUGUGAGGGGCUCACUUUGGAGCCACCGAAGAGCCGACUGCCACCCACCUGCAGGCCUCAGUCCCUUCCAAGCUGCAUCGGUCAUUGGGAAUUGUGUAAACACCUCUGGGGAUAAGCUGAGGUGACUAAAUGAUAUAUUUAUAUUAUAAGAUUAAACUGACUUUCUUGGCCUUAA